AUGCGGCUGGCGGUGCGGCAACUGAUUCUCUACACCGGCUGCUUGUUCAUCGUUGCCUGUCAGUACGCGACCAACGCCUUUCCGGUCGGCUUCUUCCCGUCCUUUGCCUCAGAGAACGGGCUUGAGGACAUAGAGACCGGGAUGAUAUUAGCGGCGUAUCCACUCGGAAUGAGCAUCUCCUCUCAGCUGGCUCCGAAGAUAGUAUGGCGACUGGGCCCUCGCCGGGCGUGCAUGUUCAGCCUGGCUGCGAUGGCGCCUUUCGUUGCAAUGUUUGGCUUCGUGCCUGACGUCUCGACUGAGAAAGGCGCCCGAGUGGCGCUCUUCUUCUCCUCCUCGUUCUUUGCUGGACUGGCUGCGGGACUGCCCGAGACGACAUGCUACAUCCUGAUUACGGCGAAUUUCAAGACGAACCUGCCGUUGGCGAUGGCGGGGGCGACUAUCGCAUGCGGAGUCGGUUCGGCCAUCGGUCCCAUCCUGGGAGGUGGAUUUCAUGACCUACCGGAGGACCCCGCUUGGCAGUUCCGCCUGCCCUCCAUCGUCGCGAUGUUCAUGCCCGCGCUCCUUUGCACCCUGGACUCGACGCUCGAUCUGCGCCUCUCGGCAGUGCCCCUUGUCUUCAGCGCCACCCAAGUGUCGAGCACGUUCACCGCCUCAUCGUUGUUCGGAUCGGCGGUGUCGUUGCCUCUAGCUUUCCUGGUCAAUCACAUCAGCGGGAGCUAUCGGCUUUUGAGCUUCGUUACAGCGAUUGGCUUCCUCGUCGUCGGUCUCGCUUUCCUGCUCCUGGCUCCGCUGGGAUCUGCAGUGCUCAGGAUGCCGGGCUCUUGGACCCUCGCUGCGCCAAAUUCCGUCGAGGCUGUGUAUGUUGCCAUGAUCCUGAAGUCAGUCGGAAAUGGAUUAGGAAUGUUAAGCAUGUAUCCGGCCAUGGUGUUGAACGUGCCCGACGACCCCUAUCUGGAAUCGCGUCUCGCAGCUAUGAACUCAGCGUUGUACUCGUUCGGCUGGUGUGUGGGCCCGCUCCUUGGCUCCGCGCUCUUCGCUGCUUUUUCUGACGUCAUACUCUGCAUGCCCGGCGAGGAGGAGGGCUGUCAGAGCAACAUGCGGUGCAGCUGUGAGUGGCAGCCAAACAAUGGCUACGACGGCCAGGCCUCUGCGGUUGGCUUACUCUCUAUCUCCUUUGCCAUGUUGCUAGCUUUGGCUGGCUGCUUCAACAUUGGGGCAAAGCGCACGCGGGACUCUGCAGCCAGAGUGCAAAGUGAAGAAUCAGUCAAGCGGCGGCGCGUGUUGGCCAGCACGCCGGCGUCUGCAAGUGGGUUGGUGAUGUCUGGCAUCGCUCACAUCAAGGCAACCGCUUACCACAUCGAGGCGCCGGCUUCAGCUGCUCGCGAGCUUUCCGCGCCUGUGCGGCUGUCCCGUUACCUGCCCCAUAAGCCGUCAGCGCUCAAGCGAUCCUUCACGAGCGGGCCGGCGUUGCUCCGGGGCUCAGCCGCAUCACCCUCGAAACGAUCCUCGACUCGGCACUCCAUCGGCGUCUGGGAGGAUGCGAUCGAAGCGCCGCUCGGAGGUUCCGAGAUGAUGGGGGAGGUCGCGGUCAUCUAA